AUGACGAUGAGUGUACCAAAUUCAAUAAUUAAUAGUGAUAUUCAAACAUCGUCCAGUGAAAGUAAUUCAUCACCGGUGACCAGUUUACCAUCAAAAAACACAACAAAACGUUCUUUUGAUGUGGCAUUUUUAAUAUCGCAAGAUGAUCAUGUCAAACCAAAAAAAUCAAUUAGAAAUUAUGAAGAACAUGAAAUUAAAUCAACAUAUCAACAUCGUUUAUCAACAAUUUCACCUAUACCGCAUGUCACAACUCCACGCUUAUAUAAUGUAAGUCCACCAUUAAAACAAAUUUUUGAUGAUCCACGCGUUCCCCGUAUCACCACAGUUCCAGAACAAAGAAGUGCAUUUACCAAAGUAAAAUUAGAUUCAACACCACAAAGUUCACCACAGCAUGCACCAAGCCAAUCAAAUAGCCCUGAUUUAAACUAUCAGCAUUCAUUAAGUCCAAGUCCACCAAUUAUUUAUUCACCAAAGUUACCAACAAAUACUCCAGUUUUUCAUCCAAAUACAAUACCAAUACCAUAUCGAAAUAAUGUGUUUAUUGAACAAUCAAAUUACGAAUUAUUUCAAGCACAAAAAUUACGUAACUCAACGCAAGUGUAUCAACCCACCCGUGUUAGUGGACCGUCGUCAAGUGAUAUGUCACCGUAUGCAUUUCAUCCACAACAUUUCCCACAACCAAAUGACUUAAUUAAGUUCCCAACGUCACCUUCAACGACAACACCAACACCAACUGUUGCAACUGAUCUAAUGAAAUUACAAGCGAAUCCAGCGGCGGCUAUUUUGAAUUCACUUUUACCGCCAACAUUUGCAGCGUUAUCACUACCUGCACAAAAUGUUUGUGCUAAAUGUAAUAUUAGUUUUCGUAUGACGUCAGAUUUGGUUUACCAUAUGCGAUCGCAUCAUAAAAAUGAAAUGUCAAAUGAUUCAUUGAAAAAACGACGAGAGGAUAAAUUAAAAUGUCCCGUGUGUUCGGAAUCAUUUCGCGAACGUCACCAUUUAACACGACACAUGACAGCGCAUCAAGAUAAAGAAGGUGAUGGUAUUGAAGAUCCAACACUACCGAUUACAUCAAGUACGUUACCAGCACGUAAGGCGCGUAAUUCAAGUAGUUCAGUACAUCAUCAAACAACAAAUAGCACGUAUAAUAAUGUUUUUUGUAAAUAG